CCGGGGACGCAGGCAUUUGACAGAUCCUUCACUGAAACCUCCUUACAGCAGACAUGUUGUCCUGUCUUCUCCUGUGGUUGAUGGUUCCUCUGCUGAUGGUUGAACAUGCAUCAUGUGCACCUACAACUAACUCAACUUCACAACCUCAACUUGUAGCCGUGCAGGCGGUCCACGAGGGCAGACAUGCAGUCGGGGUUGGGCCCAGUGUCCAGUCUCUCAGAACAGACUUCAACAGCUUGGAGAGGCUGAGGAACAGAACACGAUACGUUGCCAGAAGCUGUAAAGAAACAAGGGACAGAUAUAACCAACACCAAGAUGGACUGUACUACCUGACUACGGCCAGCGGGGUGGUGUACCAGACCUUCUGUGACAUGACCACAGCGGGCGGCGGCUGGACCCUGGUGGCGAGCGUGCACGAGAACAACAUGUAUGGGAAGUGCACGGUGGGUGACCGCUGGUCCAGUGAGCAGGGUAGUAACCCCAACCGGCCAGACGGAGAAGGGAACUGGGCCAACAGGGUCACCUUUGGAACAGCAGAGGGCGCCACCUCUGACGACUUCAAGAACCCUGGGUAUUAUGACAUCGUGGCGGAGGACAUGUCUGUGUGGCACGUUCCCAACAACUCUCCUAUGGAACACUGGAACCUGGCGUCCAUCCUGCGUUACCACACAGAGAGACGCUUCCUCACCCUGCACGGAGGCAACAUGCACCAACUCUUCAAGACCCACCCGGUGAGAUACAACGUGGGGUCUUGCAGCAACAGAGGACCAUCCGUUCCUGUUGUCUAUGACCAUGGAGACACAGAAACCACCAGACUGCUGUAUGGACCCAGCUCAAGAAGUGAGUUUCAACCUGGCUUCAUCACGUUCAGAGCCAUAAAUAAUGAACGAGCAGCCAUGGCCAUCUGCUCUGGGGUCAAACCAACUGGCUGUAACACUGAACAUUACUGUAUAGGUGGUGGUGGACACUUCCCUGAGGAUGCUCCCAGUCAGUGUGGUGACUUCACUGCCUUUGACACGAACAGUUACAGGACCAACACAGGCUGGAGUGCGUCCAGGGACAUCACCGAAGCUGCUGUCCUGCUCUUCUACCGUUAAAUUCCAUCCUAAAACCGUUAACCGUUUUUCUAUACACUGUAAAGAAUACACCUUUAUUGUCCAAAAGAACCAACCAUUCCAUGAUAUUGAAUAGAAAACUAACCAUUCCAUGGUAUUGAAUAGAAAACUAACCAUUCCAUGGUAUUGAAUAGAAAACUAACCAUUCCAUGGUAUUGAGUAGAAAACUAACCAUUCCAUGGUAUUGAAUAGAAAACUAACCAUUCCAUGGUAUUGAGUAGAAAACUAACCAUUCCAUGGUAUUGAAUAGAAAACUAACCAUUCCAUGGUAUUGAAUAGAAAACUAACCAUUCCAUGGUAUUGAGUAGAAAACUAACCAUUCCAUGGUAUUGAAUAGAAAACUAACCAUUCCAUGGUAUUGAGUAGAAAACUAACCAUUCCAUGGUAUUGAGUAGAAAACUAACCAUUCCAUGGUAUUGAAUAGAAAACUAACCAUUCCAUGGUAUUGAAUAGAAAACUAACCAUUCCAUGGUAUUGAAUAGAAAACUAACCAUUCCAUGGUAUUGAGUAGAAAACUAACCAUUCCAUGGUAUUGAAUAGAAAACUAACCAUUCCAUGGUAUUGAAUAGAAAACUAACCAUUCCAUGGUAUUGAAUAGAAAACUAACCAUUCCAUGGUAUUGAAUAGAAAACUAACCAUUCCAUGGUAUUGAAUA